CGGGCCAGUUCUGCCGGGCGCCAGUUAAAACGGCCCAAAUCCCAAGUUGGAGCCGCAAUUCUAUGGCUAUUCCUCCGAUCCCGUCCUCAAACGCGAUCCUCAGCCACGAGUCGACAACGCACGGGCUUGACAAGCAUCCACGCAUCGGCAGCCAAAUACACCUACAAAAUACCCUACAACCUACCUGGAAGGGGUCUGAUCCAAUCACUCGGCGACUCUAC